AUGGCGGCACGGGUCGAGUGGAUGGGGCUGAUUGCGCUGCUGGCGCUGCUUGUGCUGCUGGGGUCAGAGUGUGGCGUGUGCGCAACGGACGAUGCCGUGGUGGCUGCAGACGAUGCCGGCAACGUGCACAUCAGCGCGACGGCCGAGUCGCGCGUGUACAUCAACGGCGUGGAUGUGCUGGCGCGUCUGGCCGUGCUGGAGGGCGUGGAGCAGCUGCUGAUCGAUCUCCAUGGCGGGGCUGCCGGCGGCAGCGUGCCGCUGGCGUAUGCGGUGCUGGGAGGCCUUGCCAAUGGCCAGACUCAUUUUGUUAUGGACUUUAGCAAUCUGUCUCGGGAAUGGCGGAGCACAGUGGGGCCAUACCGUCAUAAUGGCAGCGGCAGGAACUUUUGCAACCCGCUCUCGCCCAACGCAGCCGACACAAACACGUCGGUGUGCUACAUCUUGAGCAUGCCGGAAGCGGUCGAAGAAGGGACGGCACCACUAAUGGUUGGGAACCAAGUUCUCAAAAUCGUGUCCAACGAGACCCUCAACGAAGACACUGGCCAGAUCCAGCCGGGCGCUUAUCCGGGGUUUCUGGUGGUCGGAAUGCAACCCAAGCUCGAGGGUCACGCGGUGGUGGUGCGUUUCACCGCCAAGAUUCCUGUGGGAUUUGCGUUUGUUGGCGCGACAAAUCCGGGGUAUAGUGUUGACAAUCUUCUCUCAGCAGCGGGAACGGGCAACGCGGAGCACUAUGCCUUUCGUUUUACCGCGCACAACAACGAUGUAGAUGCCCCAGCAGUGCACAUUUGGCUCAGUGGCCCCACGGGGGCAGCCGUCACUUACUACAUCUACGCGCUGGAGCAAGCCAUUGUGCUUGAGCAUCCUCUAGCGCAGCAGCUCUGCGAGCUGGCCAGGCCAUGGCGCCUCGACCCUUUUGCCGACCAAACCCGGGAUGCCGAGGUCUUUGCUGCCUGUAAACAGCUAACAGCACACCUCACAAUUCAAGGCCUGGUCCUCUUCAUCACGAGCACACCCGUACAUACGCUUCGCCAGCUCACGACGCCGCGCUCGCUGCACGCAUGCUUGGCUGUGGCCAGCUUUCCACGCUCUGCUUUUCGGCGCAACUUUGAGGGCUUUCCUCGCCUUGUGUCCGACGGUUUGCUCGCUGGACUUGGUGGCCACGCGCUUGACGCAGUGGAGGCAUGGAUCUCCUCUGGUCAUGGGCGCUGGGCAUUGUCUGCAGCCCAGGCAGAAGCCUACGCUCGGCGCCGGCACAAGGACGAUGCAGAGGCGACUGCAGUGUUUGGCAUCACGGUGCGCUCUGGGGAGGAAAUUGUUGACCGACACAGGACGGAGCAAGGCUAUUCAUCCCUGCAAACCAGUGUAGCAGCUGGCCUGGGGCGGAUUGCUCGACCUUGGCCCAAUGAAGUGUGCUUGGAUCCCAUGUGUGGUGCCAUGACCAUUGCCGUGGAAACAGUGACCGAGUUUCCCGAUGUGACAUUCUUAAACUCCGACAUUGAUCGGGAAAGCCUCGCAACUGGCAAAGCCAACGUCAACGCCUGCCUGCCUCCCUCUGCCCAAGCUCGUAUCCUGUCCUUUUACGCGUCAGCUCGUCACCUGCCCUUGGGUGUGGGCGCCGUCGACCGGGUGGUUUGUGACAUGCCUUGGGGAAAGCGCUGUAGCAAGCCCCGUUUGAUGCGAAAGCUAUAUCCGUUGUUGUUGGUGGAGUGGGCACGGGUGGUUCGUCCUGGGGGUCGAGCCUAUCUGCUCACGAUGAUGCGCAAGUGCAUGGAGAUGCAUCUGACUACCUCCACCAACUGGCAGCAGCUGGACCGCCGCCAGUGUAACGUGGGCGGUAUCAAAGCCUACUUGUACACACUCGAGCGCACGGACGCUGUCGUGGACCAGAAUUAG